AUGACUGACCAGUGUGCUGUUGGCGCUGACGGCAAUCUCAAAGAUGCAUCCGAAAUUGUGUGGCACAACAACCCAGAUGACGAGUGCCCUCUACCUGCCCCUGGUCGCACCACCGAAAAAUCUACUGCCCCAGUGCACCAUUUCUUUACUGGUGCUCGACGUAGCACUCGAGCACCAAGACCUUCGAUGAAAAUUGUCGACCCUGACAAUGUUGCCUCAUCGAGUUCAGCCCGGAGCAAGCGAAAGGCUGUGGACAGUGGUCCAGGGACCAGCCGGCGAGUUGCACGCAAGGUAAUUCCAGCUUCCAGUGCUUCUAGUGAUGAUGCAGGCGAUUUGGAUGGUGAAGAUGAUGCAGAGUGCACAGAGGAUGGUGCGGCAGAGGAUGGUGCGGAGGCUUUGUAUGCACAAACUAAGGCUAUGGGGGAUGCGGAUCGUGAGGCAGGCAAGACUCGUCUCAAAAGCGAACGUACUGCAGACGUUCGCACCAUCUUCAUCAAAAAGGAUGACGGGUCCGAGUCUGGACAUGUUUGCACCAUCUGCGAGCAUCCUGACCACUUUGCUGUUUAUCAAGCACGCUGCAAGAAUCUGCAAAUCCCUAUGCACACAUGA